AUGGCUUUAAGGGUUGGCUACGACGACGAGCAUUGGUAUGCGUUACCCUUUGCUACGAUGUUUGAGUACGUAGGGUUGAAGCCCAAAGGGGGGCAUGGCAUGGGCUACAUUUGUAGGGCUAACAAGGUUUUGGUUUUGGCAUUGGAAGCACUAAGGAUAACUGAAAGAAAAGCCUCAUCAAACUCUAAAAAAAUCCGUCAUUAUUCAAAACUCACUGAACUAGUGUGGAAAGCAACAAUACAUCCUCCUCCACGGGUGAAAUUAUGGAAAUCAAAAGGAAAUAUAAUGAUAAGAUAUGAAUUGGUGAGAGAUGACCCUACGCGGUUUAUGUGUCGAAUUUUAGUCGACACGAUUGUAACAGUUGUGAUUCUGAUUACAGGUGAUAAAGGAAUCUUUAAGGAACUUAGGAUAUUACAGCAAAAGGGUGUAGAAGAAGGGUCUGGAGAAAUGCAAAGAAGGUUGCAAGGAAGGAAAAAGAAUGAAAAGGAAGAGUAG